AUGGGUGUGACAAGUAUCACACAGGAGUUCCUGUGCCCAAUUGCCCCGGCACGCAUGUUCAAGGCUUUGAUCAUAGACUCUAAAAAUUUGAUACCAAGGCUGUUGCCCCAGUUCAUAGCAAGCGUUGAUAUAACUCAAGGAGAUGGGGGAGCAGGAAGCAUUGAACAAGUCAACUUCACAGAAGCCAGCCAUUUCAGAUACGUGAAGCACCGAAUCGAUGAACUUGACCAAGAUAAUUUUGUGUGCAAGUACACCAUGAUUGAAGGGGAUGCAUUAGGUGACAAGCUUGACUCGAUUGCUUAUGAGGUCAAGUUUGAGGCAGCCAGUGAUGGGAGCUCAAUCUGCAAGAUGACAAGUAAAUACAACACCAUAGGGGAGUUUGAGGUCAAAGAAGAGGAAAUCAUAUCAGGAAAGAACAGUGCUAUGGGGAUAUACAAAGUUGUGGAAGCCUACCUCUUGGAGAACCCACAUGUUUAUUCUUGA